AUGUAAGCGUAGAAAAAAGGUCAAUAGUAAUCAUUUGCAGAAUAUGUUAAAUAAAUAACUAGUUAAUCUGUUAAUAGAUUCUAGCAAACAUCUACAAAACAAUUUCGAUCAACCAAUCUUCCUCAACUCCUUAGUGACAUGGAUAGAUCACCCUACAUGAUGACCAGUUUAGACAGAGCCAAAUUCCCUAAAGUGGGUAAAAUGAACAAGACCUCCUAUUUGAAUUACAGCUCGAGCGAGCAGAAGAAUUUUGAAGACUUGGCCUCCAAAUUUGUGAAGCAGUUAGAAUAAAACACUAUAAGAGUCGAAAGAGACACUCCAAGGAUUAAUUUGAUGCGAUUUUAGUUGAAUAUAUAGAAGUCUAAGAGACAUCUUCUUAGAAAAAGUCCAAUGCCAUACUGA